CCGCCGUCGGCUUCGUCUUCCUUCCACACCACACCAAACCAUCCCUCUCCCGCCCAACUCACGCGCGGCUCGCUCCUCCUACGCGCUUCUAGAACCAAAACCCUAACCAAGCCUCAGCCGGUGCGCGUGCCCGCGUGCGUCGAGCCCGCAGCAGGCGAACAAUCAUGGGUAAGGAAGAGACGCCGCCGAUCGGCGGCGGCGGCGGCGCCGGCGGGGAUCGCGGCGCCUUCGCCUUCAUCUCCAAGGGGUGGCGCGAGGUGCGGGACUCGGCGACCGCGGACCUGCGGCUCAUGCGCGCGCGCGCCGACCGCGAGCUCGAGCACCUCCUCGCGUCGGCGUCGGCGCUCGCGGGGCCCGCGCCCCCGCUGCCGCCCGUCGCGGCGGGGGCGCCCAUCGCGGAGGUCGAGUUCGUGCGGAAGCGGAUCCAGCCGAAGAUCCAGGAGCUCCGGAGGCAGUACUCGUCGCGGGCGCCCGACGGCGGCGGGUGGCCGCCCGGCGCCAGCAGCCUCCGCGUCGACCUCUCCGCGAUUACGGCCAUCCGCAACGCCAUUGUGGCCGAGGGGGACGGCGCCGAGGGGUGGACGCUCGCGCGGCGGAAGGGGGAACGGAGCGAGGAGGGGAGGAAGGAGUGGGAGGUGGUGAGGAUGAUACGGAGCGGGCUCAAGGAGUUCGAGCGCCGGAGCCUGUCGAGCGACAUGUUUGCUGGAUUACAUGGCCGCGGCGAGUUCGUGGAGAAAUUUAAGUUGAGAUUGAAAUCGCUGAACAAGGACUAUCAGGAAUCCAAGGUAGUCCCACCACUGGAUCUAUCUGAAAUUCUGGCAUAUCUAGUCCGGCAAUCUGGUCCAUUUUUAGAUCAACUUGGCAUAAGAAGAGAUCUAUGUGACAAACUAGUGGAGAUGUUAUAUAGUAAACGAAAUGGUCGGCUCAUGUAUCAUUCCCUUUCAGAGGAUAGAACCUUAGCUGAGAACAUAAAUGAGGACCUUGAUCUAAGAAUAGCUAGGGUGUUAGAAAGUACUGGCUAUCAUGCAGAUGAAGGUUUUUGGAAUGACCCUGCAAAAUACAAGAUCUCAGACAACAGACGGCAUGUUGCUAUUGUCACCACAGCAAGUCUUCCAUGGAUGACAGGGACAGCAAUCAAUCCAUUGUUUCGUGCUGCAUAUCUGGCAAGAAGUGCAAAGCAAAAAGUGACGCUGGUGGUUCCUUGGCUCUGUAAGUCAGACCAAGAAUUGGUUUAUCCAAAUAACAUCACCUUCAGUUCUCCAGAAGAGCAAGAAAUUUACAUAAGGAACUGGCUGCAGGAAAGAGUUGGCUUUGAAGCUGAUUUUAAGAUAUCCUUCUAUCCUAGCAAGUUUUCAAAAGAGCGCCGCAGCAUUAUUCCUGCUGGGGAUACUUCCCAGUUUAUCUCAUCAAAAGAAGCAGACAUAGCAAUUUUAGAAGAACCUGAGCAUCUCAACUGGUAUCAUCAUGGAAAGCGUUGGACUGACAAGUUCAAUCAUGUCAUCGGCGUAGUUCAUACAAAUUACUUGGAAUAUAUCAAGAGAGAGAAAAAUGGUGCUAUUCAAUCUUUCCUUGUUAAGCAUAUCAACAACUGGGUGACUAGGGCAUACUGCCACAAGGUUUUACGUCUUUCUGCUGCAACUCAAGAUCUACCAAGGUCUGUUGUUUGUAACGUACAUGGUGUAAAUCCAAAGUUUCUCAAUAUCGGUGAGAAAAUAGCAGCUGAUAGGGAGCGUGGACAGAAGGUCUUCUUUAAGGGAGCAUAUUUUCUUGGGAAGAUGGUGUGGGCUAAAGGCUAUAGAGAACUAAUAGAUUUAUUGUCAAAACACAAAAAAGAUCUGGAAGGCUUCAAGAUAGAUGUAUAUGGAAAUGGUGAAGACUCUGAAGCGGUUCAGACUGCUGCUAGAAAAUUUGAUUUGAGCAUCAAUUUUUUCAAGGGAAAGGACCAUGCAGACAAUUCACUCCACGGGUAUAAGGUUUUCAUCAAUCCAAGUGUUAGUGAUGUGCUAUGCACAGCAACAGCUGAGGCUCUUGCUAUGGGGAAGUUUGUAGUCUGUGCAGAUCAUCCAUCAAACGAUUUUUUCAAGUCAUUCCCCAACUGCUUAACAUAUAAAACUUCAGAGGAAUUUGUUGCUCGUGUCAAAGAGGCUAUGGUUAGUGAACCACAACCUCUGACCCCAGAGCAACGGUACAGUUUAUCAUGGGAGGCGGCGACUGAGAGGUUUAUGGAGUACUCAGAGCUGGACAAAGUUCUGAACAAUACAAAUGGUCACCCUGGACGAGGUGGGAAGAUAAAUAAAUUGAGAAAGAUACCUUUACUUCCUAAGCUGUCAGAUGUGGUGGAUGGGGGACUAGCAUUUGCUCAUCACUGCCUGACUGGCAACGAAAUCCUCAGAUUGGCGACAGGAGCGAUUCCUGGCACACGUGACUAUGAUAAACAACAGUGCAUGGAUUUGAAUCUCCUGCCUCCUCAAGUUCAGCACCCUGUAUAUGGCUGGUGAUGUGUACCAGCUUGCAUUUAACUAAUGUAUAGUUGAAGUAUGUUUCUCCGUAGGUAUGUGCACAUUAAGCGAUCCAGUUCCCAUGUAUUGACCGGAGCAUGAAUGAACUUGUGUAGAGUCUUGAUAAUUGGUAGGGUCCAUGGGAACGAGAUCCUCUGCCGUUGCGUUCUCAUCGGCAAAGGGACGUUCGGCUAA